AUGAAUUGUCCUUCGAGAACAGAUGAGCCGUUGGAAGGCGAUGGAUAUAAUCAGAAUCCAAACGCCUUGGCAAAUGAUCUUACCACCCGAGAAGAUUUGAACGGUCGAGCAAACGGAAGAGCAUUGAGGAGAAGUUUGGAGGAUGAAGGCGUAGAGUCGAUUCAUGAUCUGGUGGAGGAUACUGGAGAUGGGAAGGCGACGGGGAGUGUGAAGGGUGUUGGAGGGGGGGCUGGGGGGAUAGGGGCGGUGGAGAUGGAGGGAGAGGCGGUGGAGACGGGAAGAGUGGUCACGUGGGGAGCAGGCUAUGGAAGAAGUUGUCUCCAUGUCUCGAAAGAACAACUCGUGAAAAUGAAGCAAGUCAUGGUCAAAUUUGCAAAAUUCGUGGGUCCGGGCUUCAUGGUGGCGGUGGCAUAUAUUGAUCCGGGAAAUUAUGCGACAGAUGUUGCUGCAGGUGCAACUUAUCGAUUCAAGUUGUUGUUUAUUGUGUUGAUGUCAAAUGUCUUUGCCAUCUUUUUGCAAAGUCUUUGCAUCAAGUUGGGUACUGUUAGUGGAUUGAAUUUGGCGGAGGCUUGUAGAGCUUUCUUGCCAAAAUGGAUGAAUUAUGCCUUGUACAUCUUGGCUGAGGGUGCAAUUAUCGCUACAGAUAUUGCAGAGGUGAUUGGUACAGCUAUUGCUAUCAAUCUUUUAAUACCUCAAAUACCCUUGGUUGCUGGUUGUGCUUUGUCGAUCCUUGAUGUUUUGAUUCUUCUUGUAUUUUAUCCUGGAAAUGGUGAAAUGAGGAGAUUGAGAUAUUUUGAAAUAUUUGUGGCGGCAUUGGUGUUGGGUGUUGUUGUUUGCUUUUGCAUUCAAUUGUCACUUAUCAAAGAUACUCCGGUAGGAGAAGUUUUCAAGGGAUACUUGCCGUCCAAAGCAAUUGUAGAACAAAAGGGACUUUACCAAGCAUGUGGUAUUUUAGGAGCAACUGUCAUGCCCCACAGUCUCUAUCUAGGAAGUGGCAUUGUCCAACCACGACUCCUCGCUUAUGACAAGGACAAUAAUAUUGUCAAAAAAGAUUUCGAUCUAGGUACCAAGGAACCAUACUACCCCUCUCUUCCCGCCAUCAAAUUCUGUCUCAAAUACUCCUACGCCGAGCUAGCAAUUUGUCUCUUCACUUUCGCCCUCUUUGUCAAUUCCGCGAUUCUCAUCGUAGCUGGAUCAGCCCUCUACAAUAACCCUGCUGCUCCAGAGGCUGAUCUUUUCGGUAUUUAUGAUUUACUCGUGUCGAGUAUUUCGAAAGGUGCUGGAACCAUUUUUGCUCUGGCUCUAUUAUUAUCGGGCACGAGUGCUGGCAUUGUUUGUACCAUCGCCGGACAAAUGGUUUCAGAAGGUGCAUUAAACUGGACUAUCAGACCUUGGUUACGACGUCUUGUAACAAGAAGUCUUAGUAUCACACCUAGUAUUAUCAUUGCCGGAGCUGUUGGCCGUGAAGGUCUAUCAACUGCUUUGAACGCUAGUCAAGUAGCUCUUAGUAUUGUUCUUCCAUUUGUUACCGCACCGCUUAUCUAUUUCACUUGUCGUAAUAAGUAUAUGACGGUGAGAUGUCAGGGGAGGCCAAUUGCUUUCGUAAAUGAUGAUGAGAAUGGAAGGGGAAAUGCGGAUGCGGCCAUGGAGAGUGAAAGUGUGUAUGAGCAUGAAGGCGCGGGUUUGGGGGCUGAAAUGGGCGAAGGAACAAAAAUGAGAAAUCAUUGGAUUACGGCAGCUGUGGCGGGAGUUAUUUGGACAAUUAUGGCGGCGAUGAAUGUGGCUAAUCUGGUUUUGCUUGGGAAGGGUGAUGGGGUGUGA